UUCCUGGACCCUACCGCACUCGAUCAUUCCCCUCUCUCUCUUUCUCUCUAUUGUUUGUUUUCUUCGCCCCCAAUUCACACACUCUUCCCCUCUUCCCCACCUUCUUCAUUGAUCACCGCGCGAUCUCUGGACAUGGCUACCGUAAAUGGUGCCGCCGACUUCAACACCUGCGCUGUACUCGGCGCCAGGGGAUUUGUAGGCCGCGUCUUGGUCGAGAGGCUUUUGACUCGAGGCAAUUGGAUCGUCCGCCUCGCCGAUUCCCAUAACUCUCCCGACCUCAAACCAUCUGAGACUCUUCUCGCCGAUGCCUUGGCCUCCGGCCGUGCCUCCUAUUUUCAGGUUGAUGUGCGCCGUGAAUCCGAAAUUGCUGAAGCAAUACAAGGUGUUUCUGCUGUAUUUUAUACUGAUUAUGUAGAUUCACUCCCCUCAGAUUUCUAUUCAUGCUACAAGAUCAUUGUCCAGGGUGCAAGAAAUGUAGUGGAUGUUUGUCGUGAAUGUAAAGUUAAUCGGUUAAUUUACAACAGUUCUGCCGAUGUAGUUUUUGAUGAUAUCCAUGAUAUAUAUGAUGGAGAUGAAUCCAUGCCAUAUUCUGGUCGAUUUUGGGACAUGGUUACUGACCUUAGGACUCAGGCUGAGGCUCUGAUCAUAUCUGCCAAUGAUGCUGGUGGCCUUUUGACAUGUGCACUUCGACCUUGCAAUGUAUUUGGAUCUGGAGAUAAACAAUUAUUACCCUUGCUGGUGACUAUGGCAAAAUCCAAAUGGGCCAAGUAUAUUAUAGGAAGUGGAAACAGUAUGUCAGACUUCACGUAUGUAGAUAACGUUGCUCAUGCUCUUAUCUGCGCUGAAGAAUCACUAAGCUCCGUGUCUGUGUCUGGAAAGGCUUAUUUUAUUACAAAUCUGGAGCCAAUGCUGUUUCGGGAAUUUGCAUUUCUUUUAUUGGAGAGCUUAGGUUACCACAGGCCAGUCAUAAGUCUCCCUGUGUGGGUUGUCCAAUAUGUCCUUUUUUUCAUAAAAUUGCCACAUGUGAAUUCAGACUCUGGAGAGCUUGAUCUUCGUGCUUCUGCUUGCAAGAUUGCUACAUUAGGUUUACGUACGAGGACAUUUAAUUGCUCUGCAGCUCAGAAAAAUAUUCAGUACACACCAAUUGUUUCUAUGGAAGAAGCUCUGAAAUUGACUGCUCAUGCAUUCUCUGAUUUAGCAAUAGAUUCUCCUAUCAUGAGAUACAAGGACUUCAAUAAACCAUCAAAAGUGGAAAGGCUUUUAGGCAAUGGAAAAGUUGCAGAUAUUUUGCUGUGGAAAGAUGAGAAGGAAACUUUUCUUUGUUUCUUUUCACUUGCUCUACUUUAUCAGUGGUUUUUCCUCUCUGGAAGAACUUUUAUCUCAUCUGUUGCUUAUCUGCUCCUGCUGACCGUUUUAAUGCUUUGUGGCCAUUGCAUUCUACCGUUUACUGGAUAUGGAUCUAGAAUGCCUAGAUUAUCAUCAUCAUGUUUUGAGAUCUCAGAAGUUAAUAUGAGAAGCUUCUUUUUCACCAUGAGAUGCAUAUUGAAUAAGCUAGAUUGUCUGUCAAAGUCACUGGCAAAAGGAGAAGAUUGGUCUACGUUCUUAAAGGUGUCCAUUUUCCUCUACUUUUGCAAGUGGAUUGUUCCUCAUUACUUGACCACGGCUCUUGGUUUAGCAUUAAUUCUUUCAUUCACGCUGUGCUUCGUGUAUGAACAAUACGAGGAUAAAAUUGACGAGAUUGCUAUAAUAGCAUUCAGCAUUGCAAAGAAUGCCUCCAUCUUCUUCAUAAGCAAACUGCCCAUCGCCUCGCGUAUGGUUCCCAUUCCCUCAGACAGUGAUGCUACGGAAGAGUGAGAAAAUUCGAAUAGAUGGUGAUGGUGGUUGAGAACAAGCCUGGACGUCCCAACAUUCUGUGUAACUACGCCCUUGUAAUACUGUAAGUAACCUAUGUAGAGAUGCCGAUGCUAGCUACUUCAUGUUUUAAUUAGUCUUUCUUAUAAAUCUACUCAGAUAGUUCAGUAGUCUCCUGAAGAAUGCGUUGCCAACUAUUUGAUGCAUAUCCUUCACUUAACCAUUGCUUUUGUUUUUUGUUACAUGCGGUUUCUUUUCUCUUGGCU